AAGCUAUGUUGCAUUUAAUUGUGCUUCAUCUUCCAUCACCUGUUCAAGCACAAGUCUAUCGAAUCCAACAUCUAUACGAAGGACCUCAAGAUGAUCAAGUCGCAUGCGCAAUGAAAGCCUGCGAUCCUAAAGGUGAUGUGAUGAUUUACAUUAGCAAGAAAAUUCCAGCUCAAGAUGGAUCGCGUUUUCUUUGUUUUGGUCGAAUCUUUUCGGGCACAAUUGUUUCAGGUGCAACUGUUCGUAUUCUCGGUCCUGACUUUCGACCAGGUUCAACUUCCGAUUUACAAAUUAAAAAUGUCACCAAUGUUGGUGUUAUGGUUGGCGAUCGUUGCAUUUCCAUGGCAAGUGUCCCAGCCGGUAAUGUUGUUGCACUGACAGGUAUCGAUAAAUGCCUAUUGAAAACAGCGACAGUUACAACCAGUGCCGAAGCACAUAAUUUCCGUGUGAUGAAAUUUUCGGUUAGUCCUGUCGUGCGUGUCGCAGUUGAUGUCAAAGAUCCAACUGAUCAUGCUAAACUCGUUGACGGUUUGAAGAAAUUAAUUCAAGCCGACUCGCUCGUGCAAGUUCUGAAUGAAAACGGACAACAAGUCAUUGCUGCCGCUGGAGAAUUACAUCUAGAAAUAUGUUUAGCUGAUCUCGAGAAAACACAUGCCCGUUGUCCACUGAAAGUUGCGACGCCUAUUGUUACCUAUCGUGAAACGAUCACUGCCGAAUCGCGACAAGUUGCCUUCACUAAAACAACCAAUAAGCAUAAUAAAUUCUUUAUGCGCGCUGUACCACUCGAAGAAGGCCUAGCUGAUGCCAUCGAAUCAGGUCGCAUCUCAUCGAAACAAGAUCCAAAACAAAGAUCGAAGAUUUUAGUAGAAGAAUUCGGUUGGGAUUUAGCUGCAACCAAGAAAAUUUGGGCUUUUGGUCCAUUUGACAAUG